CCCGCCCCGCCUCGUCCCAGUCCUCUGGCGCGAGUCCCUCGGCCGCCGAAGCGGUCCGUCGAAGGUGGCGGAACAGAUAGCCGACUACCGGUGGGACCGACGGACAGGCCUGGGAGAGCAGGGCGAUGGACACCUUCAGCACCAAGAGCCUGGCCCUGCAGGCCCAGAAGAAGCUCCUGAGCAAGAUGGCGUCUAAGGCGAUGGUGGCCGUGUUCAUCGAUGACACGAGCAGUGAGGUGCUGGACGAGCUGUACCGCGCCACCAAGGAGUUCACUCGCAGCCGCAAAGAGGCCCAGAAGGUGGUCAAGAACCUGGUCAAGGUGGCCAUGAAGCUGGGCGUCCUGCUCCGUGGCGGCCAGCUGGGCAGUGAGGAGUUGGGGCUGCUGCAGCGCUUCCGCCAGAAGGCGCGUCGCCUGGCCAUGACGGCCGUCAGCUUCUACCAGGUGGACUUCACCUUCGACCGGCGCGUGCUGGCCGCCGCCCUGCACGAGUGCCGGGACCUGCUGCACCAGGCGGUGGGCCCUCACCUGACCGCCAAGUCCCACGGCCGCAUCAACCACGUCUUCGGCCACUUCGCUGACUGCGACUUCCUGGCCGCACUCUACAGCCCCACCGAGCCCUACCGCUCGCACCUGCACAGGAUCUGCGAGGGGCUCACCCGCAUGCUGGACGAGGACAGCAUAUGACCCCCGCCUGGGGCUUCCUGCGGGGGGCAGAGGAGGGUGACCUCUCCGCUCCCACCCAGCUCUGGCCAAGCCCCCGGACAGGUGGCCCACCCCCUUUCAGAUGCUAAACUGUUUGAAGAAGCAGUUUUCAGGACCUGUGCUGCUUCUCCUCCAGCCCCAUCCUGAUGGGGAGAGGAAUUCAGUGUGGAGACCCCACAGCCUGCUCAGGGUGGCAUGUCUGCAAAAGCCAGCAUUUCCCACUUAAUAAUGUUGCUGGGGCUUUUCGUUCCUUCAGACAGGGUUGUGGUGAACCAGAAAAGGGUGCACUGUGUACCCCAAAUUCCUCUGUGGCAGCCCUUCCCCCUGGGCCUCCAAAUGUGACCUUAUUUGGAAUAGGGUCAUUGCAGGUGUGAUUAGUUAAGAUGAGGUCACACUUGGAGUCGGGUGGCUCCUAACCCAGUAUGAGUGGUGUCCUUAUAAAAAGGGGACAUUUGGACAGAGACAGAGAAAAAGGCCAUGUAGAGGUGGAGAGAUGUGUCUACAAGCCGAGGGACACCCAGGAUUGCCAGCCACCCCCAGACAUGGGGAAGGCCUGCCAUAGGCGUCAAGGAACCAGCCCGGCUGCUACCUUGAUCUCAGACCUCCGGCCGCCAGAACUGGGUGGGGACACGUCUGUUGUCUCAGCUGCCCGGGGGGCCACGGAGAGGGCUGGGUGGGCGCUGUCAGCGAGACUGCCUCUGUUUGGGUGGAAUUGGAGUCCUGAUUCCCUUGUGGGAGGGGACAGAGGGGGCCCCCAGUGCAGGGCUCAGAGUAAAGCCACCUGAGAUGCACCCACAUUAAUCGGUCAUUCAUGCUGGGGAAACACACACAGAUAACUGUUUCUGUGAACAGACCUCAGACAGGACAGUUCAGUGAAGCUUGGCUUUGGUGGUGCCCAGAAGACAAGCGAUUCUUAGCUCAAGAUGGGCACACAGGGCGUGGGAGUGUCCUUGCCACGUCUGUCCAUCAGAAGGGGACACGGGCUUUGAAAGGUUGCAGAAUGCUGCUGGAGUGCAGGCGUGCCAGGGCGUGGCAGGUUAAUGAGGGUGCCCAUCGGGGAGGGGAAAAUGAUGUCCUGUGACCGCCUGGAGAACCGCGUCUGUUGAGGGCAGAAGUUGCAAAUGGAGCCUGCACGUCUUUUUAGGCAGGAAGAUGGGUUUGGUUGGCCCCCUCCAACGUUUGACACAUUUGGAAUUAGCUGCCAACAUUUAAAAACAAGGAAGCAGCACAUCCUGAUCUAGAUUUGGAGGUUCUGGAACUCCCCCGGGGCCUGGACUGCCCCCUGGUGAAGCUGCACCGGGGUUGUCCCCUCUUUGCUUUGCCACAGUCUCCACCACUCCCUUUUGUCUCUCCCUGGCUGAAAGGAGAUAAUGACCUCACCUGCAGGACGGCCUUUUUGUGCUUUGGUUCCUGCUUCCCUGAAAAAGCCAAAGUUCUUUCACCGAGAGCCAGCCCCACUCUUCCAAGACAAACUCCUCUCUUAUCUUCCGUCAAGAAACACAUCUUCAAAUUCAAGCACACACGUGCAUUUUGAGCACCCCCGGAAGCCCCAGAUGAAAGCCUUUGCCCUGGGCUCUGCUGCCUGAAUGUGUCAGUGUGCGUAACGCUUUGUAGUUGUGCCCUGCUGGGCUGUCCAGCCUGUCUGGACUCUUUCCAUAAAUUUGAGGUUUAAUUUAAAAAACCAGAGAGCGCUGCAUAACUAUUUAAAUAAAAGUGCCCAUCUUCCACUC